AUGGUUGCUUCCAAGGUCGUCGUCGGCAGUGUCCUCACCGCUGGUGCCUCUGCCUCUGGCGUCUCGCCCCUGAUGGCCGGUAUCCGCGCCCGUGCCGACCUGUCCCCUGGCUCGCCCCUUUACAACUGCCACGACAACUGCGGCCAAGCUAUCCUUGAGGCCCAAACCGUGUCCAGCGUCUGCAAGGACAAUGUCUUCCUAACCGACUACGACAACUGUCUGCAGUGCGCCGGCCCCGACAACGGUGACAUCUGGAAAUACUACAGCGACGCCCUCACGUCCGCCGCCGCUGCUUGCGGUCUGGCCACCACCCCCGCGGCCGGUUCCCAGGCCGCUGUUGGCACCGCCCUGCCUGGCGGUGCCGGCUCCAGCGGCUCGGGCGCGUCCUCGUCGUCUGCUGCCGGUGCUCCGUCGUCGGCGCCGGCCACCACCACCUCUCCGUCCUUGUCGGCCGGUGCUGCUCCGACUGAGUCUUCUGCGGCUGCUGGCGACUCGCCCACUGCCUCAGCCACCUCGAAAACGGACUCCAGGCCCACUGCUGGUUCAGGUUCUUCCAACAGCACGAUUUCUGGUACUGGCUCUCCCAGCGGCACCACUUUCGCCCCUUCGUCGGUCGUCACCUCUGGGGCCAGCGUUAGAUCCGUCGGUGCCUGUCUGGCUGGUAUUGCCGCUAUCGGCGUUGCCUACCUUGUGGCCUUUUAA